GACCUUAUGUUCGUUUUGCCAUGAAACGAAGUUGAUAAACCCCUUGUUUCAACCUACAAUACCACUUAGUUUGUUUCUUUAUUUAACUGAUAUCAGUAAAUCAUCCCUAAUUAGAUUAUUAGUAAAUAAAUGCAUGCUUCGCGUAUUUGCUUUGAAUGUAAUUUAAGGUAUUUGUCUACGUGGAUUUACGAGUGUCGUUUGUAUUAUUUUGCAACUUGAAAAAUGGCAAAAUGGGAAUAAUAUGCAGACGAAUCACACCUAUACAUCAUACAAUGAGACUUUACUCCAAUUAUAAAAAUAAGCAUUGCGAUAACAGUGUACGUUUUUAGAUAACCCGAGCAAUUGAUCAAUGUUUCUGCCUCCAAAAAUGACCACGUACAAUCUAUAACUAUAUUAUGCUCCAAAGGACAUUUCUUUCAAGUGAGUACAUGAGUAAAUUCUACGCUGGGAAUAAUUCAGGAACAAAGGUCAACCACCAAAUACGAUUUCUCGCUUCUUGGUUCAAAAAGCAUAAGUCAAUAUGAUACUGUUGACAAUUGCCACUGCACUAUUGAUCGGCACCUGUGCAAUCGUACACUAUUUUAAAAAUAAGUACAAGUACUGGGAAUCGAGAGGUGUGCCAUACGACAAACCAACUUUGUUCUUCGGCAGCUUCUGGCGCUUCUUUUUCGAAAGAGAUAACUUGAACAAGUACCUGGAGCGAACCGGAAAGAAAUAUGAUUCGCCUUAUUUUGGAUUCUUUAUAUUUAACAAGCCGAUACUGGUAAUCCAGGAUAUUGAGAUAGCGAAAAGGAUCUUCGUUAAAGAUUUCGUGUCGUUUCCAAACAAGCUAUUUUUUCCUGAUAAACAUUACGAUCCAAUAUUUAAUAAUUCAUUACUAAACUUAAGAGGUGAAGAAUGGAGGUAUAUGAGACGCAAGCUUAGUCCAGUGUUUACAACUGGCAAGAUAAAGACCAUGUUGGAGAUAAUUGAUGAGUGCUCAGAUCGCCUAACGAGGUAUUUAGCGAACAUUCCAGAUGGAGAUCUGGAGGUUACUGAGGUAGCGUCCCGGUUUGCAGCGGAUGUGAUCUCCUUAUGUUUGUUUGGUGUAAAAUGCGAUUGUUAUCAAAAGCAAGUACACAACUUUCAAUAUUAUGGCGAAAAUAUACUUACCAUAGGAACUAUUGGUGUCAUUAAAAAUGCGGCGUAUAUAUUCGUACAUUUUGCGGUUAAGAUUUUUAGAUUCAGUUUCUUAAACCCCGAGGCAGUAAAAUAUUUUCGAGGAGUUUUUACAGAUAUUUUCAAUAAACGCAAGGGGCAGUCUGUUAAGCGCAAUGAUUUAGUAGACAUUUUGCUGGGUUUGAAGCAAAAUGAUGGAUUUAAUAGCAGUUUCGUGCUCGACGACACCCAACUACUUGCACAAGCGAUUGCCUUUACCUUGGCGGGACAAGAAACGACGUCAUCUCUGCUCUCUUUUACGCUCCACGAGUUAAGUCUAAACAACAAAAUACAAGAUCGAUUGAGACAAGAAAUUGUUGAAAUAAGUAAUAGAUAUGGAAAUAUCACUUCUAAGGCAUUACGAGAAAUGAAGUACUUAAGCAUGGUUGUUAAUGAAACACUACGGAAGUACCCUAUCACGACUUUUAUUCAACGGGAGGCACAUGAUGACUACACGAUUCCUGAAACAGGACUCCAUUUGGAACGGGGAACGAGUAUAAUUGUACCUUUAAAAAGUCUCCAUUACAACCCCAAGUGCUUUCCAAACCCUGAGAUUUACGAUCCGGAAAGGUUUAGGGAGCAGGAUAUACCAUUGGCCUUUGGUAUGGGGCCCAGAGCUUGCAUCGGAAAAAGGUUUGCUCUGGUAAUGAUAAAGAUGGCACUGACAAAUAUACUGAAGAAUUUUAAAGUGGAAAGAAAUGCAGAAACAAGGGAGACAGUAACAAUUGACUCACCGCACAUUUUUAGACCAGAAAACUGCGUCAAUGUAAGAUUUACGCAGCUCAGAGAAACGUAGUGAUCCACUCAGAUGACCUCAUCUACAAGUGGUGUCGUUUAAAAUUAACUAAAAGAAGUAUCGUUUUUGUCGUGAGAUUUUGAUCUCGUGUAUAAAUAAAUCCCUUGAAUACAUUUUAUAUACCAA